AUGAUGAAUGUGGAAGCUCAAAGAAUCCACUCCAAAUCCUAUAACAUCAGCUUGGACUCCUCUCUAUCCCCCAACACUAACCUCAGUUCAUGGCUCUCACCUUCAGGCCGUUUUGCCUUUGGUUUCUAUCGACAAGGCAACGGCUUUGCUGUUGGAAUAUGGCUUGUCAAUCAGCCUAAGCCACUAGUAGUCUGGACUGCAAACCGCGAUGAUCCGCCUGUAUCCUCUAGCUCUACUCUAACAUUGAAGAGAAAUGGUCUUCUCCUUCAGAGUUAUGAUAAGCACCAAAAAGAAAUAGCUGUUGCUAAUUUCUCAAGUACGGGACCGAACUCAGCAACGUACGGGUCUGCAAGUUCAGCUGCACUGCUUGAUUCUGGAAAUUUUGUGGUUUACGACAAUAACUCUACUGUUAUCUGGGAGAGCUUUAGUUUUCCAACUGAUACCAUUCUGGGGGGUCAAAAUCUGUAUGCUCCCGACAGGUUGGUAUCCAGUGCGUCUAUAUCAGAUCAUUCGAGUGGACGAUUUCGGUUGUGGAUGCAAGAUGAUGGAAACUUAGUUGCUUACCCAGUAAAUAGCUCCGCGAAUCCAGAUAAUGCUUAUUGGUCUACUGGUACUUAUGGUAAGGGUUUCAGUGUACACCUCAGUCUGAACAUAUCAGGUUUUCUCACUUUGCUACAGGAUGACACUAGGGUGCUCACUUUGGUCAAUGGAUCGUAUCAUGGCCGGAGUUGGAAUGUUAUCCACCGCGCAACACUGGAUGUGACUGGGAUUCUUCGACUCUACAUGCACAAUUUUGUGAGCAAUGAUAGUACUAGUUCCAGGGAAGAGCUGGUUUGGUCCUUUUUGCAGGACGAGUGUGAAGUCAAAGGUACAUGUGGCUUAAACAGUUACUGCACAGCAGUAGGAAACAAAACCAACUGCAAUUGUUAUCCAGGAUUUGUGAUCGACCCUACUGAUACAUCUGGCUGCUAUCGGAAUUCCAGUGGCGAUGGCUGCACUAGCAAUCAUCAAGACCCUCGCUUGCAGUACAAGGUAGCUGAAAUGGAGAAUGUGAUGUGGGGUGAUCAUCCAUAUUCAUUGGUAUCAAAGAAAAACCAGCAACUCUGUAGUGACUCUUGCCUGGAGGACUGCAAUUGUGGGGCGGUCCUAUAUACAAAUGCGAGUUGCAAUAUGUACAAGCUUCCAAUUAGAUACGGCAGGAUUAGUAAAAAUAUAUCUGAGAAAGGAAUCAAAGGAUUCAUCAGGGUGGCUCUUGGAAGCGUCCGUAGACCAAAGCCUACUGUUCCGGUCAGUUGGAGGGGAGAAAACAAAAGCAAUAAGAAUAAUAUGCUUAAAAUUCUUGCUCUAAGUCUGGGUUUCAUAGCUUUCAUGUGUUUUGUCUUUGCAUUCUCUAGCUUCUUUUUAUACAAGCACAGACUACAUAGGUAUCAGAAGCUGUUGCAGUAUACAAACUCCGGAUUAGUUGAUCAAGGGUACUUCACUUUGCAAUCAUUUUCUUACACUGAGCUUGAAGAAGCAACAGAUGGCUUCAAGGAAGAAUUGGGAAGAGGCAGUUUUGGGGCUGUUUAUAAAGGCACUCUGUCUGGCUCAACUGUUGCUGUCAAAAGACUGGAGAAAGUUGUGGAAGAAGGAGUAAGGGAGUUUAAAGCUGAAAUCACUACCAUCGGAAGAACUCAUCACAGAAACCUAGUUCAGUUGCUUGGUUUCUGCAUUGAGGGCUCUCGGAAGCUUCUCGUUUAUGAAUACAUGAGCAAUGGCUCACUUGCAGAUGUUCUCUUCAAGGCCAAAGGGGUGCGGCUCUCUUGGAAAGAAAGAGCAGGACUUGUAUUAGAUGUGGCUAAGGGGGUCCUCUACUUACACGACGAGUGUAGUGUCCACAUAAUCCACUGCAAUUUGAAACCCCAAAACAUACUCCUGGAUCACACUUGGACCGGCAAGAUCUCAGAUUUUGGUUUGGCAAGGCUACUAGUUCCAAGUGAAACAAAAAUUAAUUCUACUGGACUAGUUGACCAGAGAAGAAGUUAUGCAGCACCGGAAUUGAAGAAGAAUGCCAUGAUAUCAGUAAAAGCAGAUAUCUAUAGUUUCGGUAUUGUGCUCCUGGAGAUUGUAUGCUGCAGAAGAAACAUAGAAGUGAAUGUUUCAACACCGGAUGAUAUGAUUCUUUCGGAUUGGGUAUAUAAUUGCUAUGCAGCUGGAGAGUUAGGUAGGCUUGUGGAGGAGGAUGAAAAUGUGGAUUUGAAGACCCUAGAAAGAAUGGUGAAAGUGGGGUUGUGGUGUGUUCAAGAUGAUCCAGCUCUCCGUCCAUUCAUGAAGAACGUCAUCUUGAUGUUGGAAGGGACCAUGGACAUACCAGUCCCUCCAUCUCCAGGACAUCCCCAUCUUGUUUGAACUAUAACGCCAGUUCUACCUUGCCACUUCUGUAUUGUGAUGGAUGUAAGUAAUGUUUGUUUGAAGCAUAAUGGAAUCUGCCUUAGGU